UUUUUCAUCUCAUUAUACACUCAAGCACAACAUCACAUCAUGGCGGUCAAAGCGGCAUUCAUCGGAGCGUGCGGCGCUACUUUGCGGCAUGUGCUAGCUUGGACACUACUUGAUGGCCAUAAAGCAGCCGCUCUUGUUCGUGAUCACUCGAAACUGAAAAAGAUUCUCUUGGAUCUCGGUGUAUCCGAAAAGAUCCAACAGUCACAACUCAUCGUUGUCGAAGGAUCAUCCCGCGAUGUCUCCACAGUCCGCAGUCUUCUUCUCAAUGACCCUGAGAUUAUUUUCAGUGGUAUCACAAGCACUUGGAAACUCCGAUUUAAUCCGUUUCACCCGAUUGCUAUGGAUGAUGCCAGUAUCACCGGUGACUCUACUGCUGCGGUGAUGCAAGCUUUAAAAGAUCUUGUUUCUACAAACAGUAUCACAAAUUUACCUAUCUAUGCUCCAAUCUCAUCGACUGGACAUGGCUCUCGUCGGGAUCAACCACGUAGCCUCAUGCCGCUCUACUGGUGGUUAUUGAAAGAGGCUCAGGCCGACACUGCGGUUCUCGAGCGUGUUGCUCGUGAGGCGGCGACGCAGAAGAAAUCUUGUCUUGGCGGAUAUGUGAUGCUUCGACCUCCACUGCUGACAGAUGGGGAGAUGAAAGGGACGAAAGAAGUGCGCGUUGGGUGGAUUUGGGAAGAUGAUAUCUUUCGGAAGAGUGAUGAGCAAGAAACAGGCGUCAGGGUGGGAUAUACUGUCAGCAGGAUGGAUCUGGCAAGAUGGAUGUUUGAAGAGCUCAUCCAAGGAGAUUUCCGGAGUUGGAAUGGAAAGUGCGUAAACCUGACAUACUAGAACAUCUCAUUUUGUCUUGCAGUUGUGUUAACUAUUAUUUGUACCUAAUUUCAAUAUCCAUAACUUGAUCUGAAUCUGCCAACUGUACCGAAAGCAAACAC